CGCCCUUCUCUGGGCGUCUGAUUCCCUUCCUCCCAGCCCCGCCCAGGCGGCUGCCCGUGACCUGCCUGGGCGCAGGGAACGGAAAGUCGGAAGGGGUAAGAGGAGUUCAGUUCAUCAUGGGACUCUUUGGAAAAACCCAGGAGAAGCCUCCCAAAGAGCUGGUUAAUGAAUGGUCACUGAAGAUCAGAAAGGAAAUGAGAGUUGUUGACAGGCAAAUAAGAGAUAUCCAAAGAGAAGAAGAGAAAGUAAAACGGUCUGUGAAAGAUGCAGCCAAGAAGGGCCAAAAGGAAGUCUGUGUGGUUCUGGCCAAGGAGAUGAUCAGGUCAAGGAAAGCUGUGAGCAAGCUCUAUGCCUCCAAAGCACACAUGAACUCUGUGCUCAUGGGCAUGAAGAACCAACUUGGUAAGGCCCAGGUACCUGACACCCCCAAUAAUGCUGCUGCCAUUGUUACUGUCAACACUGGUGUUGGUGGGAGCAGAUGUAACGUUGAGAGAGGUGGUGUUCUGUUCUCUAUUCAGGCUGGAAUCAUAGAGGAGAUGUUAGAGGAUACAUUUGAAAGCAUGGAUGAUCAAGAAGAAAUGGAAGAAGCAGCCGAGAUGGAGAUUGACAGAAUCCUCUUUGAAAUCACAGCAGGAGCCUUGGGCAAAGCACCCAGUAAAGUAACCGACGCCCUUCCUGAGCCUGAACCCGCAGGAGCGAUGGCUGCCUCUGAAGAGGGAGAAGAGGAAGAGGAUGAAGAGGACCUGGAGGCUAUGCAGUCACGGCUGGCCACACUCAGAAGCUAGGGCCACCCAGUUGGGGGUCUCAACUCUCUGGUGUCCUCCUCUAGGUGUGUAUCCGGCCUCUGAGGAGUCACCAUUUCCUGUAUCUCUUGCACUACACCUCUGCUGUGAAGCAUUACGUUUGGAGAGGGUUCUGUGCUGGUGUAUCUUCACGAUCUGCAGAGGAUUUAAGGAUUGCUUUUAUGAAGGUGGUGUAAUCAAAUGUAUUAUUUUCAGGAGCAUAAAUAGCAGAAGUAUCUUCCUUGGGGGAGGGCAAAGAAAUCCAUUUUCUCAUGAAGCAAUUUUGAGAAGAGUAGAUUGAAUGAUGAGGACUCUAUAUUUGGUGUGUAUGUGUAAAAUAAUAUAUUAAUGGAUGUCAAUAAACUUCUGCUUUAGCUCUUGGUCUCAUUGUAAAUGUCACAUGCAAUGAACUCAAGAUAUUAAUUUCCCAGAUUGUCUCAGUGUUGGCCUUGGAAAGAGGACAUGCUAUCUCCAAGCAUCGGGACAUGGGAGCUUAGCAGAAGUACCUUCAGCUCGGGGGCCGCUGGUCCUGCUCUUCACAGGCUGGUUGUGGGGGCCACUCUUGUGCAUUUUGUCAUUUGUUUAACCUUCGGGUUAACGUGCUGUGUUGACUAAAUGACCAUAUCAUACACUGGUGUGUACAAGGGAGUUUUUAUAGCUGGUAGUCAUUCUUCCCCACUGCAAGUGACAUGCAGGACAGUUAGAUCUGGGAUCAGGACUCUUGCAGUCCAUCCCUGCCUGGAGCUAAGUGUCUUGUGCACAGGGACAUAGCCUUAACCAUGAGCAGUAAGAGCUGACCAGUAAGAGGUUUGGAUUAUGGCAUUGAAACAUACACACCAGAGCGUGCUUUAGAUGCACUGAGAAAUAAUCCAACAGUAGCACUGUAUGGAACAGUUUGAAAAGCUUUCUGGUAUGCAUGAUUUUCACAAAUGAGAACAGCUGUCAUCUGAAGUCACAACCCCUAAAGUACAACAGCCAGUGUUCGCCAGUAUUGUACAGAAUGGCUUUGUUACCCAAAACACAACCCAUGUGCUGUUCAUUGCUUCCUCUCUAAUCCCUUGGCACCCACUGACCCGGUUGCUGUCUCCAUGGGCUUUCCUUUUCCAGCCUUUCAGUAUGUCUUCCCUCACGUGGUGAUAUGCAUUUACGUUCCUCCGUGGACUCAUGGCUUGACUGUUCAGCCCUUCUCAUUGAGCAGCGUUCCAUUUUCUAGCUGUACCACAGCUUGUCUUGAAGGCCAUCUGGACUGCUUCUGAGUUUGGGAGUUUGAAGCAAUGUCUGUAGCAGUUUUCCCUGUGUGUUUUAAUUCCUCUGGAUACCAGAGAGCUCAACCAUGGGAUCAUGUGGUCAGCACAAAGCUAUGCUGUAAGGUAAACCAGCCGUGCAGAGCAUGUACUGUCCCCCUCAGGAGGAAGAGCUCUGCCUGCCAUUCUGUGGCUUUGGCAGAAUUUGUCAUGAGGGAUUUGUGUUGAAGUACACUGGGCAUCUGUUUUUAUACUUGCCUUCUCUGUAUCUUGUUUGAAAAUGUUGACAUAGUGGCCUCGAACUCAUGACCUGUCUGCUCUACCACCACACUGAGCUUGCUGCCUGGAUUUCUCCGUUGUUGGUGUUUGUUCAUUUUAUAACCUGGAUUGUUUGUUUUCUGAUUAUUCAAGUUUAAGGACCUCUUACAGAUUUUGAACCAAUCAUCUAUCAGAUUUUAUCCUAUUCUCUGUUCUAUUCUCUCAUUGUUGACAGUUUUUCAAAGCUGAAGUUUUCUUUUUUACUUUUAAUAAAACCCUGCUUCUUAA